GUAUAUAAGGGCAAGUCCGUCUCGGUCCAAGUAUCAUUCGCUCAUCAACAGUCAGUAAAGCAAUAUCGACUUCUUUCAAAUCAUCAACCAACCGAACCAAACAAAUAUCAAAAAUGAACGCCAUCAUGAAAAUCACAUUAGCCGCCGUCGCAGUGUUCGCGUCCACCAUGAUGACCGCUUCGGCCAAACCAUCUGGACUCGUGCCCGCCGCCGCAAUCGCACCGGUGGCCGUCGCCGCGCCUUACGCUAGCUCGUUCACGUCACACAGCGUGGCCCACAGCGUGGCCACUCCGGUGUUGCCGGCCGCUCCGUACGUGGCAGCCGCCCCGUACGCCGCGGCUCCCUACGUCGCAGCCCCUUACGCGGCCGCCCCUUACGUCGCCGCCCCUUACGCAGCAGCGCCAUACGCAGCCUCCCCUUACGGUUACUACCCCUACGCCGCUCCGGCUUACCUGUAAAGGCCGUGACGGACGAUGACCACCACCACCAACACCACCACAAAUCAGUCUGACGGACGAGAGACGACCGCAACGACGAAAUCACCAACUGCAUCAUAAGCCACUGAUUCUUUUCAUAUUUUAUAAAAUUCAUAAAACAUAAAACUACACGUCAUGUCACCGCGAUACAAACACAAUGUGUAUCGCGCGUGCACAACACAAAAUGUAUUAUACUAUAUAUAAUAUAUAUAUAAUGAAACACUAUGAAAAUUUUUUAUAA